CCGUCGGCUGACAUAUCAUAACAGAGCUACACCGAGUUUGGCGCUGAACACUACGUUACAACACGCAGCAGAGAAGCCGUAUACUAUUAUUGAGUGUGCAUCAAGCCUCGCAAGCUUUGGCGAUUACAUCCAGUGCUGCGAAUAACUAGAAUUUCGGCUUUUGUUUUUGCAAUUUUAUGUGUGUGCUUUUGUUAGUUAUCGCAAAAUAGUCCUGGUUCUGGCCAAGUCAUGGAUUCGCGGACCUGGUUUCGCAACCUUUGGCAAGUGAAUUUUUAAAACAAACCUUUAGGCGUCAUUUCGAUUCUUAUUGUGAAGUGAAGUGAUCUUCGAACUAAAAAAAUCCAAUAUUUUGUGGACACAGCUGAUGCCAAAUCAACUCCUAUCCAAACUACGACUAAAACGAAGUGGACUCGUCAGUUUGGAUUUAGGUUAUGUAAUCGGAUAUCAAAACUAAUUCCUAGCCGUUCUUCAGCGACUUCUUUUUUUUUUCUUCUUCAUAAUCAAGUGGAAUCCUUUACUCAGCAAUCAUGUCCCUCAAUCACGUAGUUGUUUAUCUGUUUUUAUCACUCACCAUUACGAUCGGGCAACUGUCAACCACCGAGACGUGCGUGGAUUUCUGUCAUGUGGAAAACUACUGCAUCUUGCAGUGCUCCUCAGAGAACAGUCCGGACAAUUCACCUAACGACUUGUGGUGUGAUGCAUCGUGUAGAAAGGAACACUGCAUUGGCGGUUGCCGCCAGUGGGACAGAGCCUUGAAUUCCAGUUGCUAUGCCGCCUGCAAUUCUACCGAUGGGCACACCCGAGGACAGACCCUCUAUUGUUUGCGGGGAUGCAACUUGGCCAUCUCUUCUUACGUCGACGAAAUCAAAGCUCGGAUGGGGAGGAUCGCGGCGCCGAUUCCAAUUGCCGGGUCGAUUAGCAACACUUCGGUGACGCUGGAGUGGAAAUGGAAUUCGACGGGCCUGGGCUGGCUGCACAUGAGCCACGCGAUCAACGUUUCCAUCAAAUGGUGCCACUCUCAGCCCGAAAUGUGCAGCACUUGGGAGGCCGUCCCUAACGCCACGGGACGGUCCGGCCAAUCGCUGGUGACGGUGAACGAACUUCGACCCUACACCAACUAUCGGUUUCGCCUAGUGAUCGUCUUGGCCUCCGAUCGGGAGCCGCUGACGUCCGAGGAAUCAGCUCCCGUCCUGACGUUGCCCUCCGGUUUGCCCAGCUCGCCGCCCGUCAAUCUCCGGGCCGUCGUCCUGGACGCCAACCGCAUUUCCAUCAGCUGGGACCCGCCGCACUAUCCCAACGGACCGCUCGUGUCCUAUUCUCUCAACAUCCAAGAAGCCUCAUCGCAAAAUGCGGCCGACAGCUAUCAAGGCUCUCAGGAUGUUGUCGCAAACAGUCGCUCUUACACCUUCGUUCAUCUCAAACCCAACACUACUUACGUUGUAUCGGUGGCUGCGUGUAAUUCUGUCGCCGGAGGCGUUGGCCCUUUCGCAAGCCGUCCGGUAACUACGUAUCCGUUGGAAAAACUUGGUAAUGAUUUGAAGCCAUAUUUCCUGAUCGUCGUUGACAACAAGUUCAUCUACCGCCACGAACCGGGGCUAAUCGAUUACACAAAAUCGCCGAUUCACGAAAGUCCGACCAACUCCAUUACAGGUCUGGCCGUUCACGCCCGUCAAGGUUCUUUGUUCAUGGCCGACGACGAUGGAUACGUCUACGAGUUGAGUCUCAAGUCGAAAUCGGACGUUCGAAACCGCUGGCACGUUGGCAAAGAAAUCGUCCACGUCGUGGGACUCAGCGUCGAUUGGCUCUUUGAUCGUCUCUACUUGCUGAUCGAGAACGCCGAAGGCACCAGCUGGCAAAUCUCCCGCUGCAAAUUGGAUGGUCGCGAAUCGACAUAUGUUGUGACUGAUAUCGCCCAUAAACCGUCCCACUUUGAAGUUGAUCCGUUCAACGGUUUCCUCGUAUGGGCAGUCAACGAGACAGACGCAACUGGUGGUCUAUUCAUAGUCGAUUUGGCUUAUCUGACUGAUCAGCCCUUAUCGGCAGCCGAGGUUAAAACUGAACUGGACGGCCCAAUUCGGCAAAUCGUUAAAAACGUCGCCAUUUCAGCUUUCAAAGCCGACCCCAUCAAUUCCCGUGUAUUUGUCAUGAUGAACGACGUGCCAACCAACCGAACCAUUCAAGCCAUUCCUUACAGCGGGAGCUGGCCGAAAACCGUUCGGCAUUCGUUGCGUGACGCGGAAGAUGUCAGUUAUAUGGCAUAUCUGGACGACGUUUUCUAUUGGAUUAAUCUCGGGCAUUCGUUUUUCGAAGAAGUCGACCCCAAGAGGGACAUCCAUGUGCACCGGUUUGCCCCGAAAGCCGAAAGCAGCCACACAGCUCUCGUCCUCUGCGACAUUCGAAGCCAACCGACUCCCAUUCCACUGACGCCCAUUCGCAAUCUCGAAGCUCUUUUCGGCUCCGAUUCCGUCUACGUCAGGUGGGACCCUCCGUCCACCGUCUCCCACAGAGGCAGAGGCGCCUGGCAGAACUGGUCCUACCACAUCCAAAUCGGCGACGUUCAACGGGACAUUUCAGUGGCCGAAAACGACAUCAACACCACCGAAAUCAAAUUGAAUGUCUUGCGCCCCAACACGACUUAUUCGAUUGUGGUCCAGCCGGCCACGGAUUACGAUCGUAUGCGCUACGCUCCGCUUCGUCCCAUCUCGUCCGAUUCCGGUCACGUCGUGUCCAUCAGCUCCUAUUUCUUUGGCAAGACGCUGGCUAGCGGCGAAGAGCUGAGGCCAAUAUACUGGGCGACCAGUGACGGUGCCAUUUACCAAUCCACCUCAGUAGGAGAGGAUGUCCGUGAAUUUUCGGGUCUCAAUUUUUCGCUUUUUCCCAAUCGAGAACAGAAAAAUCGCCAUGGAAUCAAAGAAUCGGUAGAGGUCAUCAAUAUGGCCUGGAUGAACGACUCCAUUUACGUCGUGACCAACACCAAUAGGGUCUACCACAUCGACUUACCUUCACGCAACAUUACCAUCAUGGAGGGACUAGAGGCAUCCAGUGUUGCCACCGAUUGGCUUUCCCGUAAACUCUACUGGUCUUCUACUAACAGACAAACGAUUGGACGCUGUUUAGCCGACGGCAGUGAACCGGAAUGGUUGCCAAUCAUCGGCCGGGCUACUUCUUUAGCUGUGCACUCCACCAAAGGGAAACUGGUCUGGUGUACCGGCCACUCGGUCGAAGGUAGUUUCCUUAACGCCGAUGAGCGCCACAUCUACUGGUCUUCGGGACUUCAUUCAGGCAAUCAAGCUUUAGGAAUGACCAUAGAUUACGAUAAAGACCAAGUUUACUGGCUGGUGAAGAAACUCAACGGGGACUCACUUCUAUACAGAAAUAACAUUGAUUCCUCAAACAGCGCGCCAUGGAUUAACCAAAUCGCAUCAUCGGCUAGAGGUCCAUUGCAGUACAUGUCAGAUCGGUUAAUUUGGCUUCAAGAUUUGCAAGACAAGAUCAUCAUCAGCGAUCUGAAUGGCACCAACACCUAUCAACUAAACAGUCCCAAGCAGCUACGCGUCUCGUGGUUUCUUCCAGCGCAUCUUCCUCUCUCGCAAUCUUCGGCUAGACCAACUGUCAUUCCCGAUUCCGUGGAUGCAUCGUCUAUUCUGCUGAAACCAAUGCUCGAUGGAGGUCUGGUCAUAACUUGGUCACCAAUCACAAAUGUCAAUUAUGGCAAUGUCUCUUACGACAUUCGCGUCAGCUACAAGGAUGACAAUUGCACUGCGGUGACUGUCAAUGCUCGUUACACAGUGCCGUUGCACUGGAAGGUGUCCCCUUAUUCUGAAAUAUCUAUUUCAAUCAGAGCAUUCACCGUCUGGGGAUCGGCAAACAUUUCCGACGUCAUUUUGAGAUCACCACCUUCCACGCCGGAAAUUCCUCUGAAACCCCGGGCUUUCGUCUCCUUCAUUCGCAACGGGAGUAGCGUGUUAACUGAGGUGGUGAUUCAUUUCCGGUGGUCUCCUCCGGCCAAGUCGAACGGCGAACUCACUGGAUACAGGAUACAUUUCUGUCACGAUGGAACGCCUAGCGAUGACUGCCAAGACUUCGACGUCUCCGCUGGCGCCACUGAAUUUAUUGCGCCCAAUUUGGUGAUGGAUGAUAAUUACACUUUUACGGUUAAAGCCUUCACUGAAAUCGGCUAUGGACCAGAAACUCGACCACUAAAAGUAUCGACCUCAGUUGAGACUCCGAUUCCCCAUUUGGUGAUAUUCACCUCGAACUUGUUGUGGUUGGCAGAUUUGGACAACCACGCCUCUUUGAACCAAUCUCUCGCUAAAAGAACCAUCUCGGUGCCAUCACCCGCAGUGGCAGUGGCGUUCAUCAAUCACGAUCGUAAAAUUUACUGGAUCGACACCCAAGGCGAUCUGUAUUCUCACGACUUGAGCAGCAAUGACAUCAAGAAGAUUCAUCACCUUAAUGGGACUGGCCAGAGCUUAACCAUUGACUGGAUCAGCCGCCAUGCCUACUGGUCACAAAGAGAAAUGGGCGUUUCAUCUAUUUAUCAACUGGAUUUGAACAAAAAGGCCGACGAAGAUACCAUUCCUCGUCUUGUGCUGCGUGAUCCCCGUAUGGUUAGAUUAGUUGAAGUCGACCCGUUCACCAGUCGGUUGAUUUGGGUGUCGGACAACCACAACGGAACAGGAACAUUAAUGACAACGGACAUUCGCGGUGGUCAAAAUUGUCUCUUCUUAAACAACCCCCAGUACUGCGGCUCUGCUGGCGCUAACAACAACAGCGUUUACACUCCUCCAUUGGCUUUGCAAACGAUUUCGACUGUCGACUGGUCUGACACGAAUAGCCCCCGUCUCUUGUGGACGGCCCACAACGACGAUAUCUGGUCUUCGGAUUUGAAGGGUUGUCACUCGGCACCCGAGCUCAGCUCAUCGGAAGUCAAACGAACUGGACGCUGGCCGAUUUCCUCCUUGGCCGUAGAUCGCACACAUUUUUACUGGAUCGAUGUUAAGGAACGUCGAAUACAUAAGAUGCGCCGCUCCUUAUCCAUCAUUGAGCGCACGACGCAGUCCGGAUCGACUAGUGCUUUCACCAGUCGUAGUGAAGUGCUGGUCGAGCUGGUCAAUGUCUACAAGGUCUUGACCUUUGGAACCAACUUCCAGCCGCUUCCUAAUAUCGAGUGUCUGGCUCCCAGCUCUUUGCCGUACAGUGUCAAAUUGGUAAACAGCACCCACAACGGCCUCACGUUGUCGAUGCCAGUUCCUCACAGGCCCGCAAAAUGCAACGGAAUGACUAUGCCUCCGCCGCUUUAUCAUCUCUACUAUGGCCCGUACGUGUCAAAUCAGACAGACGGAUGUCGACAUCAUCUAAAUAAGUGCCUAAAUGAGACUAGUAGCAAUGGCGUUGUAGUUUUGCGGAAACUCCUCUCGAACACCAAAUAUGUUGUGCACGUUAGCAUCAUUAACCACUACUGGCCAGUCAAAAAUUCUUUGCCAAAUAUUGUGAUGGAAAGCGCAGUUAUAUUCUCAACCCAAGCCGGAGCUCCUUCUAAGCCCAGAGAAGUCACCGCUAUGCCGAUCAGCCCCAAAUCCGUUCGAGUACAGUGGCUUCAGCCGCUUUCCUUAAAUGGCAUCAAUGUGACGUAUUCCAUUCAUUGGUUGUCAGAAAACAAAUUUGGACCUCCCAUCGAAGGACAAACGAAGGUAUCUGAAGAAGGUUUCAAGGAUCAGACGGGGCAGCUUCGAUAUUCCACGGAUAUUACUUCGCUUACUGCCGACAGCGUUUACGCAUUCACAGUCAAUGCUUAUUCUACCAACGGUCAAUCAAAUAAAAGUGAUUUCGCAACAGCCAAAACGUUCGAGAAUCCCAAACCGCUUUCGAUAAAAAAUAUUACAUCUUCGUCAAUAUCUCUGGAAUGGAAAUCGCCAAGCACUCUAAAUAUCACCAGGCACACCCUUCUGUGGUCAAUUUCGAAACAAGGAGAUUGGAAAGAACUUCAACAGCCAAUUGAUACAACAGCCGACAAUCUGUAUGAUUUUGACGCCUUCGGUUUGUCACCCAGGACUAGUUAUUCCUUUCGCUUGAAACUUGAAUAUUACCCCGUGAAAACAUAUUUCUUUUGGCCGACCGACGAAGACGGCUUAUCUCUGACUACCAAGGGAAAUGUCCCGGAUCAACCGCUCACACCCAGAGCGCAGAAAAUCGUCGACAACCUAGUUGAGUUGUGGUGGGGACCCACGGCGACCAACGGCUAUCCCAUUCUGCGAUAUCUUCUGGAAAUGAGGAAUGUUGAGGAUGCCGAUUUCUCAUCAGUUAGGAGCAAAAAUGAAACAGAAUCGGGAAGGUCUGCGACACAUGCAAAUUCUCAGUCUGCUUGGAAACCCAUAUAUAACGGGUCAGAUCACUUCUACGUAGUACCUAACCUUAAAUCAGGUAUUAGGUAUCAGUUCCGGGUACAGGCAUUCAACGACAUGGGUGCGAGUGAAGUCAGUGAAUCUAGUCCCACUUUUCAAAUGACUUCAAGCAACUCCAGCAUUACCAUGAUUGUUUUAGUCUCAGCUCUGAUAGCUUUCUGCUCGGUCAUGUUCAUCUUUCUCUUCUAUGUUUGUAAACGAACCCAAUUUCAAGGCAAGAAAUCUAGUGGAACCAUCUCUCAUACCACCACAGGGUCAGAAAUGACUGACUUGGCCACACUGCGGGAGCUUCCGCGGAGGGAAAGCUUUAUUCAGCAGAAUAAUGCUAUUUAUGGUGUCGGCGAUGGCGAUGUAGAUCAAGAGUUGGCUUUGCUGCCUCACAUUCGCUUUGAAGACCUACUUAUCACCAAAUUUCUUGGAAGAGGCGCCUUUGGUGAAGUUUUCGAAGGCACUACAUGCAACUUACCGGGUUCGAAUCAGUACCACACGAAAGUGGCUGUCAAGACUCUACGCAAGGGAGCUACUGAUCAAGAGAAAGGCGAAUUCCUUAAAGAAGCCAUACUAAUGAGCCAAUUUAAACACAAACACAUUUUAAGACUCCUGGGCGUUUGUUUGGAUGCUGAUCCCAAUUUCAUCUUGCUGGAGCUAAUGGAAGGCGGCGACCUUCUCUCUUUCCUGCGAAAUAAUCGACCGUCUCUUCGUGAACCGCCGGUCAACAGCGCCACCUGUUGCCAGUUGGGAUUGCUGGACUUGGUUUCCAUGUGUGUCGACGUAGCCAAGGGAUGCUGUUACCUGGAAGAACUGCAUUUUGUCCACCGAGAUCUUGCCGCUAGAAAUUGCCUGGUCUCUAGUCGCGACCCUCGCUUUCGAGUUGUUAAAAUUGGCGACUUUGGCCUGGCUCGCGAUAUUUACCGCAACGAUUAUUAUCGGAAGGAAGGCGAAGGACUCUUGCCAGUCAGGUGGAUGGCUCCUGAAUCGUUAGUAGACGGGGUAUUUACAAGCCAAACAGAUGUUUGGUCGUUUGGUGUGCUGCUAUGGGAAAUCCUAACACUUGGCCAGCAACCCUAUCCUGCUCGAACUAACCUUCAAGUUUUACACUUCGUGCGAACUGGUGGUCGGCUCGAUCGACCACCCAACUGCCCCGAUUCUCUGUUUGAACUAAUGAUGAGCUGCUGGUCCUAUGAACCCUCCACCCGUCCGACAUUCACUAAGUGCCUUGCGGAAUUAUUAAAUCUUCAGGACAAACUACAACAUUCACCUUUCACUGCCGUGCACAACGGUCAUUACGUCGGAGGCGAUCGACUUUACCAAACGGAUCCAUGGGAAACAAAUCGCGAUUCCGUGGGAUCGAGCGAGUCGUGUUCUUACCUUGACCAGCAUUCCUUGGAACAAGGACCAGCAAUCUACACCAACGAUAUAGCGGCAGUGCUUCAUGGUCUAGUGAGCCCUAACGCAAGGCAAACUAUUGGUGUCAAUAAUGUGCUGCAUCGUUUGGAACGGUGCUCGUCGGUCCGAAAUCCGAGGGAUCGACACAUUGGCCCUCCCAUAUCAAUCGUCCGGUCCAAUUCUACAACGGAAGGUUCAACUCAAUCGAUGGCCAGUGCACACGGUCGCUAUUUGGAACUGCUCAGAGAUCCGGUGAUUUAUCACAGCAGCCACGGGUGCAACGGUGGCUACGAAGUGCCUCGCAAUAUUCGCUACGGAUCUCGACAGAUAUUUACGGAUGCAAACGAGCUGUUACCGCGCUCACACAGCAGCAACAGUCAAGUCGAUGACGAUCUGAGUGAUGUGACGGACGAGAGUUGCUUGGCCAACGAAAGCGUGUGUGCAAGUAUACCUUCGCCUACCAACACCAUUCACUCAACUUUUGGUGUUACAACGAUGCCUUCCGAAAUGAAUCAUCAUUUAUAAUAAGCCAUAUCAUUUCAAUUUGCACAGUUCUCAUCUGUGCAGCGUGCUCACCCGCAAUAAAGCGCCUUCUCAUUUGACCUUACAUGCAGCCAAAAGACCGGUGAAAACUGCGGUAUUGAUUUGAUGAUGUCUAUUAUCUAAUAUUAUUAUUGUAGCCCAACUUGAGAUAUUUCGAACUAGGAAACAUUUUCCAUGUUUUUUCCCCUUCUGUAUAUAUGUACCUACAUAUAUUAUCACCAAUUAUAAAUGAGAAACAAAAUUAUUGUUCACACCACUAUUAACCUACGUAACUGUUAAUUCUUUAUUGUUUGUAAAUGUUUCGAUUGCACAAUCAUUUCAACGUUAAUCCGCCCUGUUCAUUUUUCAUUUACCAAUGAUGUAUCAUAUCUACAGUUUUGUUAUCUAUAAUUGCCGCUGUUAAUGUACACCAAUUCGAAUGUGGCCUUGUCUAUCAUAGUUACUAGAAUAUGUAAGGGAUUGUGGCGAUAAUUAAACGUGGAUUGGAUUCUAGCAUUCUGCGAUAUCAAUAAUAACUGAAUGAAUACUCGCUGUUUCUAUUUUUUACUAUUUGAUGUAUAUAGAGAGGCUUCGUCGUAAGCUGAACAACAAUUUUUGUUAUAGUAAAUAAAAACAUUUGUCGUU